CGACAGUGCACAGUAAAUACACAGGCGACGGGCAAAGCAACAGUGUCGCUGCUUUUCGCAUUAUAUUCCCCCAUUGGGCGUGGUAAAUGAGUGACAGCAAAGUGAUGGACAGUGAUUGGAAUACGGAAACUUACCGUACGAUCCCGCAGAUGGAGCUUGCGGAACCACCUGAGACCAAGGACACCCGAAGCGAUGGGCCCCGGCACCAGCAGAAGAGCCCCCAGGGCAAUAUGUUCGUGCAGAGCAUGUUCGACAUGACGCUAAUAACGAUCAACUUUUGCCAAAUAUGCUACAUACUGAAGGUUGGCCCCGGUUUGGGAUGGCUGUACUACUUUCUGCUCGGUCUGUUCGGUGUGUCGCUCGUGGUGCUGUUCAUACACGGGUUCAUGGGAUUGUGCGGACGGUUUCGAUGUAGCAAACCAAUCCCGAUCGGUUGUUUCAACUGCCUGUACAACACGUCCAUGUUUAUGGUGGUGAUUGUGUACAUGGUCAAUCUGGUUGGGAGCGUGCUGAUGCUGAAGGAAGCCGAGAACAAGUGCCAACUGAUGCUGGAGCAUACGAAAUCGAUCAUCUCUCCGGUGGUCGAUUUGCCGCAACCUGAUUUGAGCUCAUAGUGUGAUUCCACUUGUUUCGGUUGAAAUUAUCCUUACAGAAGAAUGCACUAUAGAUGAUUGUUGCUUUUCA